AUGGAUGCCGUCAACAUGGAUUUAGCGACAUGUUUUGUUGAGAACAAGUUUGAUGUGGUUAUUUUUAAUCCUCCAUAUGUUGUGACUGAUUCCGAGGAGUGCAAUAGUCAUGGUAUAGAGGCGAGUUGGGCUGGUGGUGUCAAAGGCAGAGAAGUCACUGAUAGACUUCUUUAUAUGAUACCAAAGAUAUUAUCUCCGGAUGGCAGCUUUUACCUUUUGCUGAUAGAAGAAAACAUUCCAAAAGAAGUUGUUCAAAUAAUGUCUAAACUCGGUUUCAAAUCGGAGACAAUUAUAGAGAGAAGAGUAAGGAAUGAACGGCAAUUAGUUAUAAAAUUUUAUAAAUAA